AUGAUAUUCAGUAUUCCUACGCUGAUCGAAUACGUGUCUUCCAUCAUGAAGCUACAAGUUGGGGAUGUCAUUCUGACUGGCACGCCUAAAGGUGUAGGUCCAAUCCACACAGGCGAUGUAGUUACAGCUGGCUUAGAGAGUGAUCAAGAACAACAUCUUGCUGCUAUUCGAUUCGGCGCCAUUACAAGAGAAGGUGGAUUUGUCAACCAAGCUCCAGCAUGA